ACGUCCCAGUAAUGAAUAUAAGUUAUUCGAAAGUUCGAAAUAUAGAUGUGGCCACAUUGUUGAUAGCUUAGUACCGCCUAUUAUAUCGUGUUAACAGAAAUUAAUUUCAACAACUUACUAUUGCAUUGACAAGUUCAAAGUUUUUGGCAUUCGUUUUCGUUAAAAGAAGGCUAAAUAAUAGGUGCUAGGAGUAUAGCGACGUUGAAUAUUUUACUAACGUUUGGUGCCUAUUCAUGGGUAAAACAAUCCUGGGUCAUGUCUAAAGACGGCCGUCACAACUACGAUCGUGAUACAAGUAGUGACACUGAAGAUUAUCAAGAUACUGAAGAUCAUAGACGCCGUGUGUUCAAAACAAGACUAAGUUAUGGAAGUUCCUUAAAACCCAAAUCGUGUUUAGUACAGCGUCAUUCAACUGGUAACCAGUUGACUCUGACACCAAUAAAUAAACAACAAACAACUUCAAUGAGAAAUAGAAAAGCUAUGCCCAGAUUUUCUUGCUCAAUGAAUUCUAUGAAAAGUCUGAUGAAUCAAAACGCAACUACUUCAGGUUCGUCCUAUCCAAGUACUUCAGGAUCCGGUCAUUUAACUAACUCUAGAAACAAUAUUGCAAAUAAAGAAGAAAGAGUAACUCUUAUUGUAGAUAACACUAGAUUUAUUGUUGAUCCAGCUAUAUUCAUUGCCCAUUCAAAUACAAUGCUCGGACGAAUGUUUAGUUCUAAUGAAUAUACUAAUAAAAAUGAACGUGGAGAAUAUGUAGUAGCAGAAGGUGUCUCGGCAAAUGUAUUCAGGUGCAUUUUGGAGUAUUAUAAGGGUAAUGUGAUGCGCUGCCCAUCUUCAAUUUCAGUACAAGAGCUACGAGAAGCUUGUGAUUAUUUGUUAGUACCAUUUGACGCUAAAACAGUCAAAUGUCAAAAUUUACGAGGAUUAUUACAUGAGCUGUCAAAUGAAGGGGCUCGUUGUCAAUUUGAAGUAUUUUUAGAAGAUCUAAUAUUACCUUUAAUGGUCAAUUCUGCUCAACGUGGAGAUCGUGAAUGUCAUGUAGUAGUCUUACUAGAUGAUGAUAUAGUAGAUUGGGAUGAAGAAUAUCCGCCUCAAAUGGGAGAAGAAUAUUCACAAACUGUAAACAGCACUGCCUUAUAUAGAUUCUUCAAAUACAUUGAAAAUCGAGAUGUUGCCAAACAAGUAAUGAAAGAACGUGGUCUUAAAAAGAUUCGUCUAGGUAUUGAAGGUUAUCCAACUUAUAAGGAAAAAAUUAAAAAAAGAGCUGGUGGUCGUGAAGAUGUGAUUUAUAAUUAUGUUCAAAGACCUUUUAUUCAUAUGUCAUGGGAAAAAGAAGAAGCUAAGAGUCGCCACGUAGAUUUCCAAUGCUUAAAGUCGAAAUCUGUGACUAAUUUAGCAGAAGCGACUGCUGAUCCUGUUUUGGAAUUAGACGCUAGAGGUAAUCCUAUGGGAGCUGUAGCCAUAGAUCCAGACAUUCGAGUGGUAUAUGAUGGUCAUGAUCAAGAUGAUGGAGCAGUAGACUCACCUCCUCCUCUGGCAGUUUCAGAAGCUGAACAAAAUGAUGAGUCUCAACCCAAUGAUCAGUAAUAUAGAAUGGGAUUUAUAAAUGCCAUGUUUUUUUAUUGUUGCUAAACAAUCAAGAGGUGAUUUUCUCUAUAUUUUUCAACAAACAUUUUACUAUUAUUAUUAAUAAAUGCGUUUUUUUUUUCUAAUGUCAUAUAAUUAUAAUCAAUUUAUUAUCAUUUGUAUUCUUAUAAAUAAAAAUUAUUCAAAUA